GGGGCAUCCACAGCCUCUCUGGGCAGCUGUUCCAGCACCACCUCACUGCUCUCUCUGUAAAGAACUUAAUUGAAUUCUGCAAAAUGAGUUGUGGGCUUAUACAGAAUUUCUUCUGUUUCUGCUGUACAUUCUGAAACAUAUUUGCAAUAUGCAAUAUUGAAACGUAUCUGUCUCAGAUCCGUUUUCAUUUUUGAGUGUGUUUUUUUUUUCUUCACAUCUUUAAAAUUCCCAAGGCAUCUUUUAAAGCAAAUUAGAAGAAUCUAGUAUCAGAGAAUGCAGGCAAACUGAGAAUUCUGUUCCCUGAUUCAGUAAUCUCAUCUGUCUGCUAUUGAUUUCAUUUUCUAGCCUAGAAAUCCCAUAAGUCAUCAAUCUUUCCUGCAGAAUAUUUGGAGUAGCUUGGUUCUGCAGGCGUCUUCAUAAAGAGUAAUUGAUUGCUGAAGCAAAUUUGGUCAAUAUCAUGCCAUUGCAUUUUUGAAGUCUUUUCAGUUUUUAAUGAUACUGUUGCACAGUAGUAGCACACUAGUAGGAUGAGCAAGGUAGAUAGUGAUGCUCAAGAUAUUUGCUGGAUUAACUACAUCUAGAUUUAACUGCUUCGAUUCCAGUUGGGUAAAAUGAUCAUAAACAUAUUCUGCGUAGCUUAUAUUUCCAAUUUGUAUUUGUGCAGUUGCUCACACUUGUAAAUUUGAGUCUUGUAGCCAUGUGAACGAUACAGUCAUCUCUGUGCUUUAAAAAUGGAAAAUGAUAUUGUUUGAAAAAGCAAACCCACCUUCAGAUUUGUUUCUUAAUGGCAGAGCUGAUUGUCCUGUUUUGUUUUGUUAGCAGUUUGUAUUUUUAGCGAGCUGAGAAUCUUGUGGUUCUUCUUUGUUCUGAAUUAACCAACAAAUAUUUUUUUCCUUUCUCUGUAGCUACUGGCAGUCUUUCGAUUUAAGGUGUUAAUACUUGCAUAUGCAAUGUGCAGACUGCGCCAUUGGUGGGCAAUAGCUUUCACAACAGCAGUGACCAGUGCCUUUUUACUAGCAAAAGUAAUUAUUUCACAGCUGUUCUCACAGGGUGCUUUUGGCUACGUGCUGCCCAUCAUAUCAUUUAUACUUGCAUGGAUUGAAACCUGGUUCUUGGACUUCAAAGUGUUACCACAAGAAGCUGAAGAAGAAAACAGAUUUUUGAUAGCACAGGAUGCUUCCGAACGAGCAGCUCUCCUUCACCCAGGAGUCCUGUCUGAUGGCCAGUUCUAUUCUCCUCCUGAAUCUGUAGCAGGAUCUGAUGAAGACUCUGAAGAAAAACAAGACAGUGAAAAACCAGUUGUAUAGCAAAUAUAGAAAAGCAGAAGGAAAAUCUCUGAGGGAAGUUGGUGGGGAUUUGGAAACUCUGGCAACAGUCUGUGAUUGAGUUGCUGGUGGAGCUGCUGACUGGAGAAUUUAUUCCUUAGAAAGCGAAGGGAAUGGUUCCCGUGUACUGUAAUACCUCACAAAGAUGUACCUUGUGACAUAUGUAUAUUAGAUUGCCUCCUGGGUGGCAUGAAAAUAUUUGUCCAUGAUGUAUUAUUCAGUGAUUCCUGAAGUUGAUCUUCUAAUGACUAGGUAAUUACUGGAAAGUGUUGUCUUUGUGUACCUAAUCAAGAGACUGGUAAUAUAAUGAAGUAAAACUUCUCUGUGGUGGAAGUCUAUUUAAUGGUUGGGACUCACUAGGUAAAAUUAUUUUGUUUUUGCAGUUUUGUCAUUAGUUUUAUGUUUACUUAUUAUUUUUUUUUGACUC